UCACUCUCUCUCUUUCACCUCCAUAAACCCUAACCAAAUCGAAGGUUUUAGGGUUUUAGUCUGUCCCUGAAAAGAUCGAUCAUUUCCGAUAAGGUUAUUGCAAUGGCUUUCUUAAGUAAAGUUGGGAAUAUCCUGAGGCAAUCUGCAGCCAAGCAGGUCAGCUCUGAAGCAACUCUCCUCAGACUCCCUAUCUCCCAAGCGAUACGAUGCAUGUCUUCCAUGCCAAGCUCGAAGCUUUUUAUUGGAGGUAUUUCAUAUCAGACGGAUGAGCAGAGUCUGAGGGAAGCUUUUCAAAAGUAUGGUCAGGUUAUUGAUGCAAGAGUUAUUGUGGAUCGGGAUACUGGUAGAUCCAGAGGAUUUGGGUUUAUCACCUACAGUUCGAGUGAAGAGGCAAGCAGUGCUAUCCAGGCUUUGGAUGGACAGGAACUUCAAGGUCGCCGUGUAAGAGUGAAUUAUGCCACUGAUAGGCGUGGUAGCUUUGGAGGCGGUGGCGGAGGAUAUGGUGGCGGCGGCUACAGUGGUGGUGGCUACUCUGGAGGUGGUGGAGGUUAUGGUGGUAAUUAUGGAGGCGGUGGUGAUGGAAACUAUGGUGGUGGUAACUAUGGUGGAAGUUCAGGUGGCUACGGUGGCAGUAACUAUGCUGCAACUAAUGAUGCCGGAGGUUAUGGCAGUAACACCGGGAAUUACAAUGUUGCCGGUGGCACUGGUGGCAGUGAUAACUUUGCCAGAAGUGUUGGUGGCAGUGGCAGUGGCAGUGGCAGUUUUGGUGGUGGAUAUGAUGGAAGCUCUGGGUCAGGAUUUGGUGGUGAUGAUCAAUUGACUGGAAGCAGUGGAAACAAUGCCGUGGAUGAUACCUUCGGCGAUAAUGACCAGGAUGGCCCGUUAGAAGAAACUUUCAGGGAUGAUGAUGAUGCUGACUUGGCCAAAAGAGCUUGAAAAAAGAGUUCGGGGAGAGUACUGCCGUAUUGCUUCUUAUAAAUGUUUAAGUAGAUUGUUCUUUUUUUCUUUUUUCUUUUCCCUCCCCUCUCAUUUCUUUUUAGCUUUUUAAGGUCUUAUAUAUGCCCCCUGUUACCGAAUUGUUAUAUUUUUAUUUUCGUGGUUUUGGCACUCGGACUUCGACUUUGGAUGCGGUUUUUACCUUGUUCUCGAUUAUAAAACCUGAAAUUCUCAAAAUAAUUGUACUUAAAGGGUAAUGCCCUUCCCGUGUCUUGAAGACGGCACUUAUUUUGUGCAAAAAGUGCUCUUUUUAUAAGCUUUGUAAUGAACUAUGUUCCGUUUCAAGGAGAUUUAUUAUUUACAACUUAGAAAGUGUUA